UUCUGCGCCGGCGCGCCGCGCAGUCCCGCCUCUCCUUCCUGCGGCGCCUUAGGGACCAUGGCCGAUCCGCGCGUGAGGCAGAUCAAGAUCAAGACCGGAGUGGUGAAGCGAUUGGUCAAAGAAAAGGUGAUGUAUGAAAAAGAAGCAAAGCAGCAAGAAGAAAAGAUUGAAAAAAUGAAGGCUGAAGAUGGUGAGAACUACGCCAUUAAGAAGCAGGCAGAGAUCCUGCAAGAGUCCCGGAUGAUGAUCCCAGAUUGCCAGCGUCGGUUAGAGGCUGCAUAUACCGAUCUUCAACAGAUAUUAGAAAGCGAGAAGGACUUGGAGGAGGCUGAGGAAUACAAAGAAGCCCGCGUGGUGCUGGAGUCUGUGAAGCUGGAAGCCUGACCUUCGUCUGUGCGGGAUGGUUUUUGCAUUAAAUCCUGGGGUCCAUUCUACAAUUCGUUAUUUUCGGCCACUGCUGUGUUUAAUAAUAUGGAAACGUGGUUCUUUUUAUGCAGUUGCAUAUAUUUUUUCUUUGCGUAACUGAAUGUGUCAAAUAAAUGAGUUCAUCUAAUAAAA